AUGAAACCGACACCUUUGGAAAGUGACACAUUUUUGCAUGAACUCUAUAAAAUACCGAAUGUCAAUGAAGCAGAUCCAAUGACUCCGGAGCGAGUGGCUGCAGCACGUUACUUCAUCAAAACAAUAUUUUAUACGGACGUAAUACAAAAUGCUUGGCUGUUUCUAGGAAAAGCGGGUGGGUCAAUAGUUGAGUCCUUGCUCGAUAGGGGAUUGGCCAUAUGUUUGCGUCUCUGUCAUGUCAUAGCGAAAUGUUCACGUUCACUCACGUGUUCAAAGAAAUAUCCAAGAGCCGAGAAUUUUACGCUUCACCUCUCCUCAUAUUCAGGAUUGGUUUCGCUUGAUUUGGUAACUUUUCAAGAUCAGCUUUAUGAUCUUUGGUUUGGCGAGUAUGCUCGACAAAAGGAAGUGGGCAGUUCAGGAUUGGUUUCGCUUGAUUUGGUAACUUUUCAAGAUCAGCUUUAUGACCUUUGGUUUGGCGAGUAUGCUCGACAAAAGGAAGUGGGCAGUUCAGGUGAGUCGCAUGCAUAUUCUCGUACCCAUCAGGUUCUUCCCACUAUCUUCCCCUGA